CCGGUGCUCCGCCCGACAAUGAUCCUCUCGGUCCCCUUCCUCCUGGCUGGGAGAAGAGACAGGACAAUGGGCGAGUGUAUUACGUGAACCACAACACACGGACCACCCAGUGGGAAGACCCUCGCACACAGGGGAUGAUCCAGGAGCCGCCGCUGCCGCCUGGCUGGGAGAUGAAGUACACAAAUGAGGGUGUGCGCUACUUCGUGGACCACAACACUCGCACCACAACCUUCAAGGACCCGCGCCCGGGAUUUGAGUCUGGGAGCAAGCAGGGUGGGUCCCCAGGAGCGUAUGACCGGAGCUUUCGCUGGAAGUACCACCAGUUCCGCUUCCUCUGCCAUUCGAACGCGUUGCCCAGCCAUGUGAAGAUCAGUGUUUCCCGGCAGACUCUCUUUGAGGACUCCUUCCAGCAGAUCAUGAACAUGAAGCCGUACGACCUGCGGCGCCGCCUGUACAUCAUCAUGCGGGGAGAGGAAGGCCUGGACUAUGGCGGCAUCGCCAGGGAGUGGUUCUUCCUCCUGUCCCAUGAGGUGCUCAACCCCAUGUACUGCCUCUUUGAGUACGCCGGCAAGAACAACUACUGCCUGCAGAUCAACCCUGCCUCAUCCAUCAACCCCGACCACCUCACCUACUUCCGCUUCAUCGGCCGCUUCAUCGCCAUGGCGCUGUAUCAUGGGAAGUUCAUUGAUACUGGCUUCACGCUGCCCUUCUACAAGCGGAUGCUGAACAAGCGCCCCACACUGAAGGACCUGGAAUCCAUCGACCCUGAGUUUUACAACUCCAUUGUCUGGACGAAGGAGAACAGCCUGGAAGAAUGUGGCCUGGAGCUGUACUUCAUCCAGGACAUGGAGAUCCUGGGCAAGGUGACCACCCAUGAGCUGAAGGAGGGUGGUGAGAGCAUCCGAGUGACGGAGGAGAACAAGGAGGAGUACAUUAUGCUGCUGACGGACUGGAGGUUCACGCGGGGUGUGGAGGAGCAGACCAAGGCUUUCCUGGAUGGCUUCAACGAGGUGGUGCCGCUGGAGUGGCUGCGGUACUUUGACGAGAAGGAGCUGGAGCUGAUGCUGUGCGGCAUGCAGGAGAUCGACAUGAAUGACUGGCAGAAGAAUACCAUCUACCGGCACUACACGAAGAACAGCAAACAGAUCCAGUGGUUCUGGCAGGUGGUUAAAGAGAUGGACAACGAGAAAAGGAUCCGGCUGUUGCAGUUUGUGACGGGGACGUGCCGCCUGCCUGUCGGGGGGUUUGCAGAGCUCAUCGGCAGCAACGGGCCCCAGAAAUUCUGCAUCGAUAAAGUUGGCAAAGAGACAUGGCUGCCUCGGAGCCAUACAUGCUUUAACCGCCUGGAUCUCCCUCCCUACAAAAGCUACGAACAACUGAAGGAGAAGCUGCUUUAUGCGAUUGAGGAGACGGAAGGAUUUGGACAGGAAUGAUGGAGCUUUUGGUACUUUCCCA